AUGGACCCAAGAAAGAAAGUUAAAAUGUAAUAAUAUGAAGAUGAAGAUGAAAUGGAAAUAGAUGAAAGAGAUGAUUAUUAAGAAGAUAUGUAAUUUAGAGAAUAAAAUAAUGAAUUAUUUGAUGAAAGACAAUUAAGGGAAAUGAUAGGUCAAUUAGAAAAUAAUUACAAAUUAAAUUCUGAUUUGAGAAUGAGAUAUCCUAAUUAACCUGAUAAAUUUAUAGAUUCUGAAGUUGAUUUAGAUGAAGAUCUAAGAAAACUCUUAAUUUUACCUGCAUAUCCUAAAUUAUAUCCAAUCUUUUACAAUAGUAAUGCUCUUCAAAUAGUGAUUCACUUAUUAUAACAUAAUAAUCAAUCUAUAUCAAAUGAUGUAAUUCAAUUUUUGAAAGAAUUAGUCACUCCUGAUGGAGAUGUAGAACCUAAAAUAAUUAUUGAAUUAUAUAAUUGUCUAAUCAAAAACUAUUUUAUUGAAUCCUUGGGAGAAUUGAUAUUAAGGAAUGAUGAAAAAACUUAAGAAGAAGUAAAUUUAUUACAUGAUUGUUUUGAAGUAAUUGAAAAUAUGGUGGACAUCAAGUCAUCAAUAUGUAAAGAAAUUGGUUUUAGAUCUAAAAUCAUAUAAUAUUUGAUUAAAAGAGUUGAAGAUAACAGUCAAACUUUAGAUGAUAAUAGAUUAUAUGCUUCUGAAUUGUUAGUUAUACUUACUCAGUAAACUAAAGAGAAUUUAGAAAUUAUUGGUAGAAGUGGAGGUAUUGAAAGUUUAUUAAUGGUGUUGAAUUAAUAUAAAAAGAAAGAUCCUGAAACUGCAGAAGAGAAGGAAAUAUUAAAUAAUGUUUAUGAUUUGCUUACAUUACUUUUAAUUCAUGAAGAAAAUUAAGAUUAUUUUCAAACUUAUGAAGGUUUAUAAUUAAUGAUCAAAAUCAUUUAAGGAAAAACUUCUUCAUCAAUAAGAGCUUAUAGCUUAAUUCUAUUGGCAAUUAAUAAUCAUAAAGAAAAUUGUUAGAAAUUAAUUUAAAUUGGAGGAUUAUCAAUUAUAUUUCCUAUAUUAGAAAGAAAAGGAUUAAAACAUAAAGAUUAAAAUAAACAAUUUGAAAUCGAUGAAACGAGUGUUUAAAUUAUUAAAUAAUUGCUUAGAAGGAAUUCUGAUCUCACCUUAAAAUAAAGAAUUAUUGAUAAAAGUGUAGAAAAAUUGGAGAGUCUUAAGAAACUAAGAAAUGAGUAUGUUAAUAUAAUACCUUUGAUAGACCCUGAAGAAUAUGACGAAUUAGAUGAAAAAUAAUUACAAAAAAUCUAUUUUGAUUUGUUGGGAAAAGGAUUGAUAGUUAUAGAAUCAAUUGAUAUCAUCUUAUUAGAACUACUUAAUAAUGGUGUUGAUGUGAAUAUAGAUUCUUAAGAAAUUGUAAGUUCUGUAAAGCAAAUGCUUAAGUAUACUGGAGAAAAAGAAGAUAUUGAUUACUAUAAUCCUCUUCUUUAGAAAAUAGAAGUAAAUCAAUAAUGA